UCGCAGCAAAACGCAGGCAGAUUGCGAUGUAUGCCGUUUGAGCAGAGGCUUCAGCGGGGACAAAAAUUUUUWAAAAAAAGGAAUGAGCAUCUUCACAGGGCGGCUGGGAGGGUUUCUAAUCUGAGAGGAGCGUUUGGAUCCUGUCCACCCAACAUCUGCCAGACUCUCAACAUGUCUGAUAUUGAGGAUUUCAGCAGAGCAGGAGGGCAGGCCAACGUGUCUGACAGCUACCAGCUGAACCCCACCAGCGUGAUCGUGUCGGUGGUCUUCUCCCUCAUCUUCCUGCUCGGCACCAUCGGCAACAGCCUGGUGCUGGCCGUGCUGCUGCGGAGCGGGCAGGUCGGCUACAACACGACCAAUCUGUUCAUCCUCAACCUGAGCGUGGCCGACUUCUUCUUCAUCAUCUUCUGCGUCCCGUUCCAAGCCACCAUCUACUCCCUGGAGGGCUGGGUGUUCGGCUCGUUCAUGUGCAAAGCGGUCCACUUCUUCAUCAACCUCACCAUGUACGCCAGCAGCUUCACCCUGGCUGCUGUUUCUGUUGACAGAUACCUGGCUAUCCGCUACCCGCUGCGCUCCAGAGAGCUAAGAACUCCGUGCAAUGCUGUGGUCGCCAUGGUGGUUAUCUGGGGUCUCUCCCUGGUCUUUGCAGGUCCGUAUCUCAGCUACUACGAUCUGAUCGACUUCGCCAACAGUACUGUGUGCAUCCCCGGCUGGGAGGAGCAGAACCGCAAGGUGUUGGACACGUGCACCUUCCUGUUUGGCUACGUCAUCCCCGUGCUGAUCGUGAGCCUCUCGUACACCAGAACCAUCAAGUACCUGUGGACGGCCGUGGACCCGCUCGACGGCAUGUCCGAAUCCAAAAGGGCCAAACGCAAAGUCACCAAAAUGAUCAUCAUUGUCACGGUGCUGUUCUGCAUCUGCUGGCUGCCGUACCACGUGGUGAUACUGUGCUACCUGUACGGAGACUUCCCCUUCAACCAGACCACGUACGCCUUCAGGCUCCUGUCCCACUGCAUGGCCUACGCCAACUCCUGCGUCAACCCCAUCGUGUACGCUCUGGUGUCCAAACACUUCCGCAAGGGCUUCAAGAAAGUCUUCAGCUGCCUCCUGAUCAAAAACGGGAGGAAUAAGGUCCACGUGGUCCACGUGGCCAACACCGGGCCCGGGUUUGAGGCGGGCUCCACGGAGGUGUCUCACAUGAACGAGGAGAACGUGCAACACAACGAGUGCGAGAUGAUCAACAGGCCGAGGCGAGUGGAGCCCAGGGAGGCCACGGUGACACUAAAUCUGCCCUUUCACCAGCCCACCUGAUCAGCACCAGACACAAGCUCAGCGCAGAUAGCCUUAAGUGUAAAGUUUUAAUCCAAGUUUGUUUGUUUUUGAGUGGCACACUGAAAAGACAAAAGGAAUGUAACUGUGAUUUUAGAGAUAAAUAUUUUCUGACACAUUUUUAAUUUGUUACCAUUAUGUAUGGACACAUAGAGCAAAAACAAUAUUUUCAGUAUUAGGCAGUGCUCAGAAAAAAAUAUAUAUAUGUGGCCCCAUCACAUCGAAAGGAUGAUUAAGUCCAAAAGUGUGGAGAAAUAUGCAAAUGUGGGGUUUUGAUUUAAAUGUGUGCAAAAAUGGCAUUUUGUCAAAAUAUUAUGAAUUAAUGCCUUAUCAA